CGCCGGGACGUCCGUUGCUGUUGGUGACGACGGUAGAACCGCCAGCUAGAACCGGCACUGCUCAUCGCGCGCAUAAAAGCACGGCCAGUUACCGCGGGGUAUAUAAACGUGGUGCGACGAGCGCGGAGCAGCCAGUAUCGAACCGAUCCUUCGGUCGAGCUGUUGUGUAACGAGCCCAUUGCGAGUCCGCUUUUGCUUUUGCGUCGCGCAUCAGCGACUGGUUUUCUCCGAGCGCACCCGAGAAUCUAACUUCGAGAGCUAUGUCCGAGGCGCAUUUCGACGAGUACGAGCACUUCAACUACGACUACGACAAGCACAUCUUCACCGGUCACGGCGGUAAACAGAGAAGCAAACGCGAGGCCGUCACCCACACCAACCACUUCGACCCGAGCGGCCAUUCCAGAAAGAUACUCACGAAGCUGAGGAACUCGGAGCAUAACAAACGGCAGGCCGACAAGCCCAAGGCGUAGUCCGUGUUGCGCACGUUCCUAUUUUUGCGGCAGGCGUUGUCAGUUGGAUCUCAUCUCGCAAGACUUAACCUCCGCUAGGACGACUGGAAUAAGAAAGAAAUAUAUAUACACAUCUAUCACGAUCUUUAUUCUCUGAUAAAAUGCAUUUAGUUGUAGGUACUCACGCGACAUAAGAUCGGCACGGUAGCUCGUGCCUCAUCAUUUAUUCAUUCAUGUCCAAAGCACGGAUCAUGCUAUUUAUGAAUACAAAAUAACAUACGUCGUACUUGGACUACUGCUUACUUCGCCUGAAUCUGGAGUUUGCAUGACAUUCUUUUUCUUUUUUAAUAUAAGAUAGCAAGGUUGUUUUGAUUUCCAUGAAAAUAAACAAUGAAAUGCGUGCAAUUGCGUUGACUGUGUCAUAACUAAUCAGCUAUGAUUAAUUAAGUAUUUUUUUUUCUAUCUUUGUAAUGUUUUGCCUUGUUAGAGUGAUUCACGAUCUAGUAAACGACAGUCAAGCGUGACAAGUUACUCAAGUGAUUAAUUAUAAUACUCUUGAUUUAUGCGUUGAAAAGCGCAUAAGGACGACUUCGUUGCCAUUUAUUUUCGUAAUGGACAGCAAUUGUGUUGCGACAUACGAAGGGAAAACGCACGUAUAAAGAGAGCCAAGUUGAUCCACUUGAAUCAACUGUCGGAAGAGAAACACGUCAUUUCGACACGAUUACGUUCACUAAUUUCAAGAACGCGGCUCUCGCCAAUUGUAAUCGAUAAUUCGUCAUUAGAUUAGAGUUGCAAGGCAAAACUUCUAAAUUUUCGCGCACGGAAAAUAAUGUAUUGAUGUAUUGAUUGUGAGCAAUUGUUGUAAUGAAAAGAAUAUCCGAGAAAUAAAUAUUUCUGGCUAAGGAGAAUGCGCUUUCGUUCAUUCUCCACAAAAGUAUAUAAGUAUUUCGCAAAUAUAUUUGAUUGAGACAUUAUCGUGUCUUCUCAUUCUGUGUAUGGCGUAUUGUUUUAUUUUUAUGCACCCGUGUGUUAACAAAGCUAGUCAUACAUUUGUCUCCUUUCAUUAAACUUUUAUUUCAAUAUAAACUUGCAAUAUACAUUAUGUUGUAAUCAUAUCAAAACUAACGAUCUUUGUACUAGUUUCACGCGUAUGUAUCUUACGUAAGUAAACCUUAGUAAAAUAACCUUAGUAUGGCGUAUGAGUUAUAAUAUAACACGUAUUCUCGUAAUAAAAUCACGUGUCUUAUGGAUACCUUGACACGAAUAUUUUUAA